UCCUUCCCGAUUUAGGGAUUACCUCUGUGAAGCAGCCAUAUUUUUAUCUCGAUGGAUAAUUUCCUAAUCGGAUUUUCAGUUUGCUUCACGCCGCAGUUGGUGAAUUAGUUUUGAUGAUAAUGAACUGUGUUGGGAAAGGUUACACUUUGUGAACUUUGUUCUGGAAAGUUUUUUUUCAUCUGCUCCCUUGGAAAACGAGUUCUUUGUUCGUGACACGAAUCGGCUAGGCAUCUUCUGCGCGAGUGAUAGUGAAAUGCAUAAUACUGGUUCGGUGGAAAGUUUUAACAUUGGUGGUUUGGGAAAAAACAAGAUCUUAACCAAAAUAAAAUCUAGAUCGACUGAUGAAAGUUGUUCCCCAGCAUCUACCAUAUUUUUGUAGCGCGGUAUACUGUCUCUAUGGAGACAUUGACUAUCGAAUAAUUUUUUAUCGCCGUCGAUAGAUUCAUUUGAUCUCAACAAAAUUCCACCAAUAAGGAAAAUGCGUCCCCGAAUCGAGAGCUCAAUUGGCGAUGACGCCAUGGAGAGCUGCGGUUAUCUCAGGUUCACUGACGAGAGCAUGAAAGCAAACUUUUUGCAAAGUCUGAGCGCAAUGCGUCGCCAUCGAUUGUUUUGUGAUGUGAUACUGUUGGUCGAUAACACAGAAAUUCAUGCCCACCGCAAUGUGCUCGCUUGCGUCUCUUCCUAUCUCAUGGAGCUGUUCAGUUCGGAUGUGGGAAAUCUCAAUGGGCCUGCGGCCGAAGGUAAGACGCCCUACUACCGACUGAACAGCAAUAUAACCACCUAUGGGUUGCAAUAUCUGGUCGAGUACGCCUAUACCGGCUCGCUGGAAGUGCCCAGCGAUAUGAUACGCGAUGUGUAUCUGGCUGCAUGGCAGCUGAAGAUUGACAACGUGAUCAAAGAAUGCGCCCGGCACAUGGUGAGUGACCUCGAGCCGGAAACCUGCAUCGAAACACGCUCCUUGCCAGGGAUCAAUCGCAACAAGAACUUUGUGCAGGAAGUCGAUACAUACAUAGCAAACAACUUUGCUGUGGUCUCACAACAGCCAAGCUUCUUACAGCUCCCAUGCAUUCUGAUCGAAGUACUGUAUCAAACGAAGCAGGAGAUGUCCUUGGUUACGGAGACCUCUCUCUGCCGCUUGGUGCUUGAUUGGAUACGACGUCAAAUGAUGGAAGAGGGUAUUUCGGUGACUAAGCUGAUGGAGCGAUCGCAUAUGCUGUAUCUGGCGCUGGAUAAUUCACUGCAGGAUUGUUUUGACUUACCCCCCGGUCAGGAGUCGGAAAGUGAUCUUGUCCAAGACUACAAACGUUUAGUUCUGAAAUGUCCUGGUAAUAAAAAGCACAGAAAAGCACUGAAGACGCCAGGAAGACCACGCGUGAUUCUUUACAACCGAGCUAUCGGGGAGCAAGAUGAUGAUGUCAAUCAAAAUUGUGACUGGAGUCUCAUUGGCAGUUCAAAGGUGGCGGAUCAUACGUUCAUUUCGCUCGUUACUCUCAACGGAAGUCUGUCGCGACUAUCGAUUCAACUACGUUUGAACGUACCAACUACUCCUUCUCCAAUCACCACUCCCGACACGAUAAGCUCCAGUGUUAGCAGAGAUGAGGAUCUCGGUGAAUCACAAAAACCGGAACUGUUUUGUGAAGUGGCCACAAUGUCCGGACCCAAAUGUGGCCUGGGGGUGGCGGAAUUGGAAGGCAAACUGCUUGUUUGUGGUGGGUAUGAUCGGGCGGAAUGUUUGCGAUCAGUUGAGUCGUACUGUCCGGACACGAACAGCUGGACCCAGGAAUCGAAUAUGGGCGAAGCACGAGGACGUGUACAGAUCGCAGUGAUCAACGGUGUUGUGUAUGCUGUCGGUGGUUGCAAUGGAACAACUGAGUUGGAUUCCGUAGAAUGUCUCUCUAAGGCGGACAAAAAGUGGAAGAAAAUGUGCAAACUUCCGUUGGCUCGAAGUAAUGCCGGAGUAUGCGCUCUGAAUGAUAAGAUUUACUGCAUCGGUGGAUGGAAUGGCCAAAGUGGCAUCCGUCAGUGUGAUGUGCUCAAACCGGAAGAAAACAAAUGGUUUUCGAUAGCGCCGCUCAACACAGGCCGCUACCAAGCCGGUGUAGCUUCGUAUCGGGGUAAACUUUGGGUUGCAGGUGGCAGCGAUGCGUGGAACUGUCUGGGAUCGGUGGAAAUGUAUGAUCCAGAGGAUGAACAAUGGAGCUUCGCCCCCUCGCUGCUGACCCCAAGGCGAGGCUGUGGGCUGGCCGAAUUCAACGGAAAGUUAUACGCAGUCGGUGGUAGUGAUGGAGCUCACUCGUUAAAUACAACCGAAUACUUUGAUGAGGUCAACAAAUGUUGGGUUUCUGGACCGAACCUAACCUCACCACGUUCGAACGUUUCCGUUGCCGUUGUACAGGACCGUCUGUACGCGAUUGGAGGAUUCUCCAAGAAAACAUUCCUCAACACAAUCGAAUAUUUGGACAGCAACACGAACGAGUGGACCACAUUUGUUCCCCAGACUAAUCAGAAUAUCGAUAAUUUGCUGCAGACAUCGUUGCAGAAUGCUUGUUUCAGUGGAAGAGGCGGUUCUUCGACAUCAUCUUCGCCGGACCAUUUCAUCAAUGAACAAAAUAGUGAGAACGAGCACACGUUUAAACCUAUAAAAACUACCGAAGUAAACGUUUACGACUUGGGGAAACUCAAUGGCAAAAUUUCUUCAACAGACAAAGAGGUGACACAAAUUUUAUGCGGUUCCGAAAAUGCGGCAAGAUUGAAUAGUCAUUCGUGCGCUAAGAAACUCGCUGAUGAGGACGAUGAUGAACCGAAUGCGAAACAUAAUGGUACAAAUAACACACACGAUAGCAGUAUUAAACUACAGAAAAUUUUGAAGAACAACUGUGCUGAAAUUGCAAACGAGAAUAAUGGUAGCUAACUAACAGGUCCAACGGCGGCGGAAACCGAGAUGCAGCAGUGUUGUUCGACCUCAUUUUCCACCACCGAGUCCGAACUGGAUUAAGCCAUAGUUCGGUAAAUGUUUUUGGAACAAAAAAUCUACGUUUCGCAUGUUUCGUAAUAUUUCAAUGGUUUUCUGGAACAUUUAUAUAUUAUUAUACAACAGUAAACUCAAUAUAUUUGAUAAGUGAUCUUUUUAAUAUUACUAAGAGCAAAAUCUGGGGAUGGUUUACAUCGCUACGGCAAAUAACUAUGACUCAUCUGCAAACAUCCAUUUUAGUGAAAUAAAAUUAACAUUGUGGAAUGUAUAUUUUAGCCAAAAUAAAACAAAAAACACUUGUAUCAGGUAAAAACUAUCACCGCUAAAAUACUAGUUAUCCUAGAAGGUAAAACUGCUACAGAGACUAUAAAUGUAACUGAUGCCGAGCCAGUUGAAGAUGGCCAUGCAAACGGUUAUUUUAAAUUCAUCCGGGAUACAAACAAUUCACACUUUAUUCGACAAUAACUUGUUUUUGAUUUACAGAACCCAUUUCUGACGUGAAUUAUAUCAUACCGCCUGAUGAAAGGAUAAAUGCGGUUCAGUUUCUAUAUGACGUAGACAGCAUAAUGAAGGCAAACGCUAUUUUUCCGAAUAUUUCGAGAAAUUAGAUUUCGACUAAGACAUCUGCAUAAAAAUGUUAUACUGACGACAGACUUAUUGGUAGCAAGAAGGUGAAUAAUAAAGACAGAAUGUGUAAUCCGCAUCUAGGUUAGUUAAAUAUCGUUAAGGGAAAAAACUUUUAAAUAGCUGUUAAAGAAUAAGCCACUGUGAAAAAACACUGUUUGAUAUUUAUGUUCUUGGAAAACAUUUAAGAGACUACUUUAGGUCUAUUCGCACUAUCGCCGUCUAAUUUUAGCGAAUCUACAAAACUGCACGCUUUGACAUGGAUCAAAUCUACCUUUUAUAUGACACCUGAAAACGGAUAGGACCAGCAAUCAAUAACUCGAACUUAUUUUUAUUGAUGCAAACCAUGAUUUCCGUAGGAGGACGACUAUGAAGUUUAUAUCAUCCAAUACUGAUGCAUUCUACUGCGGAUUGGUGCAGAGAUCAUUCGAGCGCUACUAUCAUCCAAAUAUUUUGAUGCUACUAACUAUUUAAUAGCAAUAUGAUGUGCAUUUAGCCGUUAUAAAACAUUCUUGUGUGCUAAUGAUCACCAGGAGAACUGUAUGUUAACAUUUAAGUAUCAAACCUCACAGCAAGUAUGUGCAUUGAACAACCGAUGUAGAAGAUGGAGAUACGGAUAUCGUUUCCGGUAAUAGUCGUUGAACAUGAGAAUAAAGUUUAAUGAAAUAA